GACACUUGCACGUGGGCGAGGCAGCAGACAUGGCCACUAGUCAGCGCAUCCUGAACAUCAAUCUCGGUGUCCUUGGUCAUAUCGACAGUGGCAAGACGUCGCUAGCAAAGGCGCUCAGCACGAUUGCGUCGACUGCGUGUUUCGACAAGCAUCCGGAGAGCAAGGAGAGAGGAAUAACGUUGGAUCUAGGAUUCUCAUCAUUUGCUGUUCCUCUCCCUGAACACAUGGCAGGUUUACCGUAUGAUUCCAUUCAGUACACGUUAGUUGAUUGUCCAGGACACGCGUCUCUCAUCAGAACAAUCAUUGGUGGAGCUCAGAUUAUCGAUUUAAUGAUGCUGGUGGUUGAUGCGACUAAAGGUAUCCAAACACAGACAGCAGAGUGUCUUGUGAUUGGUGAGAUACUGUGUGACAAGAUGGUUGUUGUUCUGAAUAAGAUUGAUCUCUUUCCGGAAGCGAAACGCGAAGCAUCGGUUGAGAAGAUUACAAAAAGACUAUCAAAGACGUUGGCCACUACAAAGUUUGUCUCGUCUCCAAUAAUUCCAGUUUCAGCUAAGCCUGGUGGACCUGAAGGUCCAGAGGGACAGUCUGUUGGUGUUGAUAAAUUGAUUAAGACUUUGAGUUUGCACAGUUCUGUUCCUGUUCGAACUGGCGACGGUCCGUUUCUAUUUGCUGUUGAUCAUUGCUUUGGAAUCAAGGGGCAGGGAACGGUUAUGACGGGAACAAUUCUAAAUGGCAGUGUGGCAGUAAACAAUACUAUUGAGAUUCCAUCCUUAAAGGUAACAAAGAAAGUGAAGUCAAUGCAGUCGUUUCGACAACCAAUUCAAAACGCGAUGCAGGGAGAUCGUGUCGGAGUCUGUGUUACUCAGUUCGAUCCCAAGCUGUUGGAGCGAGGGCUCGUUUGCAGUCCUGGAACACUGUCUACGUUGUAUGCUGCUAUUGUGUCUAUGCACAAGAUACAGUAUUUUAAGGGAGCCGUAUCCUCGAAAUCUAAAUUCCAUGUAACGGUGGGUUAUGACACCGUAAUGGCAAGACUCUCACUCUUUGGAACUCCAACGGACUCCCAACACGUACCAUCACCAGACUUUUCAUUUGACCGAGAAUAUUGUCAUCAAGACGAGCUUCUAGUGGAACCAUCAACAAAGUCAAAGACUGAAGCAGCAGCUGCUGUGGCAGAUUCUUUAGACAAGAAGACCGACAUUGUAGUGGGAAGACAAUUUGGUCUGUUGGAAUUUGAACGCCCAGUAACAUGUCCUUCGAAUAGUCUCAUCAUUGGAUCUCGACUAGACACAGACAUUCAUAGCAACAUGUGCAGGAUUGCAUUUCAUGGCCAUAUAAUAGAAGGUCUUACUGACAAGUUUUAUCCAGAGACUGUUCUACCGAAGUUGAAAGUCUUCAAAGUGAAGAAAAGAGAGGGUGUUGUAGAACGGUUACAAGACGAAUAUACAGUCAUCGUACGUUCUAUUUUUAAGAAAGAGACAAACAUGCAGUUAUUUGCUGGACUACGAGUGAAGCUGUCAACUGGCGAAGAUGGUGUCAUCGAGGGCUCGUUUGGUCAGAGUGGAAAGUCUAAAGUUCGAAUACCAGCUGGUCUCUUACAAGAGACGCAAAAGUUACUAUCAAGCCAUAAGAAAAAGGGUGGCAAGUCAAAAUCAGGUUGGUGUAAGCAACAUCGAUCAUCGCUGAGAUAUACUGAUGGCAUAUUAUUAGAUGAAGAUGGCAGCUUAACCGACAGCAGAGAAAGCAACAUUCGUGUAACUCUUCAGUUCAAGAGAUACAGUUUUGAUGCUGCUAAGAAGAUGAUUCAGUAGCGGUAACUUUAUAAUGAAAAUUUGUAAGAAAUAUGCAUACCAACUGUAAGGUGUUGGACCUCACUCAAUGAGCUGUUUGAGGUAAAAGAGUAUAAGCAACAACAA